AUGUAUCCUAACAAAGCAGACAAUCACCAAGUACCUGAAACACCACCAACAACAACAAUAUCAACAAAUAUUAUUAAGCACUUGGAAAAUGAAUUACUGGAUAUUAGCGAAGAUGAAUUAAUUGAAAUUUUAAAACCAAAGUUCGAUAAACGUGAACCAACAUCAUAUUCACCAGAUGAUGAACCACAUGCACUAACAAUUGAAACAACACAAGAAGAAAUGAAUGAAUUCAACUUAAAUGAAUAA